UAAGUAGAAGGUCGAGGUCGUAUUGUUGUUGACGAGUAGCAAGGGUUGAGAUAAGAGGUUUACAGCGCACAUUGCAGUUGACACAGUUCUGGCCUGGAUUGAGUUUCUCCAACAGAGUUCAACAUGAGUGAAAAAGGAGCUAACCCCAUCGACACGGAACCUAUUACCCUUACGAGGUUCAUUUUAGCCGAGCAGAAAAAGCAUCCUUCGGCCACGGGUGACUUUUCUCAGUUGAUCAACUUCAUACAGACGGCAGUGAAAGCGGUGUCCUCGGCUGUCAGGAAAGCAGGCAUUCACAAAAUAUUUGGUAUGUCCGGUACAGAGAAUGUGUCUGGAGAUGACCAGAAAAAGUUGGAUGUUUUGGCCAAUGACCUGUUUAUUAACAUGCUCAAGUCUUCCUUUCUAACUUGUCUCCUGGUGUCAGAGGAAAAUGAUCACGCAAUUGUUGUGGAACCAGAGAAAAGGGGCAAAUAUAUAGUAACCUUUGACCCCUUGGAUGGAUCCUCAAACAUAGACUGUCUAGUGUCUAUUGGGUCUAUUUUUGCUAUUUACAGAAAGAAAGAUGAUGGGCCUGCCACUGAGAAGGAUUGCUUACAGAGUGGGCGGGAGUUGGUGGGGGCAGGGUAUGCCUUAUACGGUAGUGCCACAAUGAUUGUUCUGUCCAUUGGAAACGGUGUUAAUGGUUUCAUGCUUGAUCCGUCCAUUGGAGAAUUUAUCCUGACUGAGCCCGACAUAAAAGUCAAACCAAGAGGAAAGAUUUACUCGAUCAAUGAAGGCUAUGAGCAGUUCUGGGACAAAGCUACGGCGGAAUAUGUACAGAGCAAAAAGAGACCAAAGGUAAACACACUGUCUUGCCUGGUGUCCAUCUGAAACAAGUAGUUAAUA